CUGAAUCUUGACAGCUCUGCGUGAAGUGCGGAAUGGAUAUCUGAGAGGCAUGCACAUCUUCAUUGUUCACAAGUGGGAAUAAUAAUUAUUAUUAUUAUCGCUAUUAUUAGAUAGCGGUGAGAGAAACUGAGAAGAAUCUUAAUUAUUUUCCCACUUUUACACAGAAGAAGAGGACUCGUUUAUGAGUGAGACAGACUGAGAGCAAAUGAGAAGUCGUGCCACCGGAUGAUUUUUAUUAUUUGGUGUUUUUUAAUGCACGAACGGACUCUGAAAUGGGUCGCCAUGACGACAGAGCGCUGAGUUAGCCGCUAAUGCGUUAUACGCAUUUGUUUCUGUUAUUGUUUUAUUUUAUCAUUUCCCUACCUCCUUUAUAGUGAUAAAAUAUGUUGUAACCUCGCCGCCAGAAGACACAGGUGUUGUCAGCUAAAAAGAAAGGAAAAAAGGAGGAGGAGGUGUUUAUUCCCCUUUCUUUUGUCCAUGUCUUCAUUUUCCAUAUCCUCCUUCCUUUUUAUCUUCUUUCUUUUCUUUCCAUUUUUCUUUUAUUGUGGGGACGCCGACUGACGCAAAGAAGGUAAAUUGAUGUGCGAGAGCCUGCGACACAUUCAUGACGAAUUACCUCAGAAAAAAAAACCAAUGGCAUAAACACCGGCUUCACCACUGAGGCACGAAUAAUCACCGGGAAAGAACCGGAGACGCAUCGACUUCAACCCUUUCAUCGCGGGAACUAAUGAGCAAAUCGCAAUAGAAGCACAUGUUGCACUAACAUCAGGAUGAAGUUCUUCACCGCACAGUGUCAGCAGGCCUCUUCUGUGCUCCACUGAGGAUACGCACACCCUUGCUUCCGCAAAGCCCUUAACUUCGGCAUCGCUGGGGUGCCCUGAAACUCUUCGCCCUUGCCUGUUUCAUAUCUGUCACCCAUUGCUGGGCUGCCACUCACCCCAGCUGAAGCAUGUCAUCGGUGGGUGUGGAACGAUCACGGCGGGAGACCGCCCGCUCCUGCCCGCACCGCAUAUCUGACACUUGCCUGGUGUGGCUGCUGGGCUUGGCACUGCGCUUGGCGCUGUCCUCCUGCCAGCGGGCAGACCUCACCGCCGCCAAGCACCCUAUGGUCACCACAGGCUAUGGGAAGCUUCGGGGUGUACGCAAGGAACUGAACAAUGAGAUUCUGGGUCCGGUCGAGCAGUACUUGGGCGUCCCCUACGCCACCCCGCCAGUAGGCGAGAGGCGCUUCCAGCCCCCGGAGGCACCAGGCUCCUGGCAGGAGAUCCGUAAUGCUACCCAGUUUGCACCAGUGUGCCCGCAGAACAUCCAUGGGGCGCUGCCAGAGAUCAUGCUUCCCGUAUGGUUCACCGACAACCUGGAUGCUGCUGCGGCUUAUGUACAGAACCAGAGCGAGGACUGCCUUUACCUCAACGUCUACGUUCCCACAGAGGACGAUAUUAGAGAUCGUCGGAAGAAGCCUGUGAUGUUGUUUAUCCAUGGUGGUUCAUACAUGGAGGGAACGGGAAACAUGUUUGAUGCAAGCGUUCUUGCUGCCUAUGGAAACGUGAUUGUCGUCACUAUGAACUACAGGUUGGGCGUUCUGGGUUUUCUGAGCACUGGAGAUCAGUCAGCGAAGGGGAAUUAUGGGCUACUGGACCAGAUUCAGGCUCUGCGAUGGCUCAACGAGAACAUCAGACACUUCGGAGGAGACCCAGAGAGAAUCACCAUAUUUGGCUCUGGGGCUGGAGCCUCAUGCGUCAACCUUCUCAUCCUGUCCCAUCAUUCUGAAGGUUUGUUCCAGAGGGCCAUUGCUCAGAGUGGCUCCGCCAUAUCCAGCUGGUCAGUGAACUACCGGCCCCUGAUGUACACCAAGAUCCUGGCCAAGAAGGUGGGUUGUAGCUACAGCGACACUGCAGAUCUGGUGGACUGUCUGCGAAGGAAGAGCUUCAGGGAGCUGGUGGAUCAGGAUAUUCAACCUGCCCGCUACCACAUUGCAUUCGGACCGGUGGUGGACGGUGAUGUGGUACCCGAUGACCCUGAGAUCCUCAUGCAGCAGGGGGAAUUCCUGAACUACGACAUCUUGUUGGGGGUGAACCAGGGUGAAGGGCUGAAAUUUGUAGAUGACAGUGAGGGUGAGGAUGGUAUUUCAGCUGCUUCCUUCGACUACACCAUAUCAAAUUUUGUGGACAACCUCUACGGAUACCCAGAUGGUAAAGACAUACUGCGGGAGACCAUAAAGUUCAUGUACACAGAUUGGGCUGACCGCGAUAACAGUGACAUGCGGCGUAAAACACUACUUGCACUUUUUACCGACCACCAGUGGGUGGCGCCAGCAGUGGCCACAGCUAAGCUGCAUGCGGAGUUCCAGUCCCCUGUUUAUUUUUAUACCUUCCACCACCACUGCCAGACGGAAGCACGACCCGAGUGGGCAGAUGCAGCACAUGGUGACGAGAUCCCAUAUGUGUUUGGUGUUCCCAUGGUGGGUGCCACAGAUCUAUUUCCCUGCAACUUUUCCAAGAACGAUGUCAUGCUCAGCGCUGUGGUGAUGACAUACUGGACCAACUUCGCCAAGACGGGUGAUCCGAACAUUCCAGUACCGCAGGAUACCAAGUUCAUCCAUACUAAGCCCAAUCGCUUCGAGGAAGUUAUCUGGACCAAAUUCAGCUCUAAAGACAAGCAGUACCUCCACAUCGGGUUGAAGCCUCGCAUCCGGGAUAAUUACCGUGCCAACAAAGUUGCUUUCUGGCUUGAGCUGGUUCCUCACCUCCACACCCUUCAUGAGGAGAUCAUCAGCUCCAUAACCACGCGGCUGCCACCCGGCAGCCCGCACCGGCCCGGUUGGAAGGGCACGGCCCAGAGCCCUGGCACACGCUCUACUCGCCACCCCACGGUCUCAACCUACCCACCCGACCCGGACCUCGAAGGUUCUGAACACCCUCCUGAACGCUUCCCAUUCCCGAGCGACACACGGGACUAUUCGACGGAGCUGAGCGUGACAGUAGCAGUGGGCGCGUCGCUGCUCUUCCUCAACGUGCUGGCGUUUGCCGCGUUGUACUAUAAACGCGACAAGCGGCACGAGCUGCUGCAGCGCCGCCAUCGACGCCUCUCACCUCAACGUGGGACGGGGCCGGGCAUUGGCAUUGUGGGGGCUCCACCCCAUAACGACCUGGCAUUGAGCCAGGAGGAGGAGCUAAUGUCCUUGCAGAUGAAGCAGCAAAGGGUGGAACUCGACCACGGCACGCCUCUUCCACCGCGUGGUCUCCACGGUGACCUCGAGCCUCUAAGACCACCUGUGUGCCCGCCGGACUACACUCUGGCGCUACGGCGGGCACCUGAGGACGUGCCACUUAUGACGGCUAACGCCCUUUCUAUGAUCCCCAGCACCAUCACUGGCAUGCAGCCCCUCCAUGCCUUCAACACUUAUCCCCCUGCGCCUGCACCAAGUGCUGGGCAUAGCAACAACGCCCUGCCCCACCAACACUCCACCACACGAGUAUAGUAACCCCUCUAAGGGGACCAGGCCCCCCAAACACAUAGGAACACAGACCUCCGGUACUAAGAGUGGUGCUCUACACGGAUACUGUUCGACACACCACUCCUGUCCUUUUUAAGUCCACUCCCAGCACACUCUCUUUCUCUCUCGUUCUUUCUUGUUUUACUCUUCCUGCUCCUCUCAUUCUUGGAGAAGAUUUUGGGUGGAGAAAUGUUGGCCAAUUUCCCUACUCAAUACAGCAGCUAUCCCCUCCCAUUUAGUUUUUUCUCCUAUUUUUUCCCCCCUCAAGUUCCAUUGCCACCUUUCCCUUUUUCUUUCUUGUCUUCUCCCCAACAGUCUUUUGCUCUGCUGUAGCCAUUUUUAGUCCCCCAAAAAGAACAGUUUUUCCUGCUUCGGACUGUUUUAUAAAUCAAGAAAACAUACGUGUAAAAUAUGUAUUAUUGAUAACCUUAUAAGGCUAUGAAUGAAAAAAUAUUCUACUAUCUAAUUUUUACCAGCAUUCUUGUGCCAAGUACUGUGAUCAUCGUCCAAUCAGAUGCAGUCUAGUGGACGGACGUGGAGAGAAUCACUUGAACUGGAUUUAUUCAAGGAAUUUGCAGAAUUGAGAAAAAAAAGUGCCAAAUUAGUUUUUCUUUUCUUUGGUCUCUCUCUCUCAUUUUUGCUUUUUGUUUUGCACUGUCACUGUUAUUUGCCUAUGGAGAGAAAUUAACAACACUACAAAUAUCUAUAUAAAAAGAUAUAGAUUAAUUAAAUUUAUAUCUUGAUUGCGCUUUGGGAAAAUUGCAUGAUUUAUUUUUAAAGAGUAAAAUGGACAUUCGAGAUUCAAGACUUUUCUUUUUAUUGUCUUUUUCUGCAACAGUCUUCUCUCUCUUGCUCUCUCUCU